CCAUUGAAAAUCCCCCUUCUCCAACACUCCCUGUCCCCCAACCUACACCCUCUCCCUCUGUAUCGCGAGAGACUGACUGGGACAGCAGGCACAGAAAAUAUUCAUGUUACCUGCAACACGAGCAGUUGCAAAGCUUUUAUGAAUAAAUAGAUACCGUAUGAUUCAUCAAUAAGUUUAGCAUCAACAGGGGGCAGCUAGACGGAGAGGAAUGCAUAUUAAUCUGAAUACUGGCAGACACAUUGCCUGCUUAGCAAAACAUCCAGCUAGCUGACCAGCAGCUCAAACUUGAUCAUUUAUUAGCAGCGCUGGGUUAGCUAGUUAGCACCAGGCUAGUUCAAUAUACAUUUGCAUUUAAUAUUUUUCGGAUUUCACUCAAGCCAGCGAACAAAUUGCGCCUUUUGUGCAAAAAGUUUAUUGAUCUGCACCGGCCUCGCGUUACACACUGGCCUUAACUGACGAUGGUCACAAAUCCCUACCACUGGAUCCUCGCAGAGCCUUAACACCGGAGAUCACCUGAGAACUCCCAUCGCCUCAUCCUGCUGCUCACCACAUAAUUCAGCGUUACCCCCCAUACACACGUUUACACAUUUUGUGUAGAAUGUGAACCAUUUCAGAGUCAAAUAAUUUUCUUUAAAUGGGGGGAAACAAUUAUCAUUUUCAGGCCACAUUUUUCUGUCCGCUUUUCCAAAUUCAUGUCUAUUGUAAAAGUGUAGCCUGAUGAGCAGAUCGAGUGCCCCCCAUACUGUUCGCAACGAUCCUGACAUCUUUGAGGAUCGGUUGGUCUCAAAUUGAUCUCUUAUUAGUCAGUCAUGAACGGCUCCCUGUUAACCCCGCCCAGUCCGCGGGCUGCGGCAAGUUCAUCUCCCCUUCCACCCUCCCCAUCUCCUUCGCCUUCUCCUCCAUCUCCAUCACUGUUGCCACUUUCCACAAGACCCCCACCCUUGCCUCCUCCAACUCCUGCCAGUCAGCCCUUGUCAUCUUUAUCCGAGACACCCACACCAUCUCCAUCUCCCUGCCUUAGCUGGACCGAGUUCUGUGAGCUCCACGCCCGAGUAGCCGCCGGUGACUUCGCCCGGCAUUUCCGGGCCUUCUUGCAGGAGAACCCUCAUUACUCCCCUGAUUCGGCUGCUGCUUUUUGCCGCCGCUUUACAGACAGAUUCGUUCAACAUUUUGAGAGCGAGCUCGAGGGGACCGGUGUCAGUAGGGAUGGAACAGUGAGCUGGGUCGCCCAAUCUGACGUUACGUCACUGGAGGAGGAUGCAGCAUCUCCAUCCCUGCUGCCGCCAGAAGCCUCCACCCCAUUCCCUACUCACACGCGGGUUGUGCCCAAACUGGCAUUGACCCAGGAGGCCCGUGGCUCGGAGCAAUUCCAGAGCGCCGGAACAUUUCAGGACUCGUAUGCUCAUACUCAGAUUCUCCCACCGUCCUCCUCUUCAUCAUGCUCUUCCUCUAUGGGCGGGAAUAACGGGCGGAGGGAGGACAGGGGAAUGGCAGUCAAAUAUAACCAACCUGGAUACAAAGACCUGGAAGAAGAAGACGACAGCUGGGUGGGACCUGUCACCGGAGAGGAGGUGGAGACGGAUGUAGUAGCAAGGGACAAUGAGGGCGAGGGUGAUAUGACCUUGGAAAGAGCCGAUCUCAGCCAGGCAUGCCCCAAUCCCUCUGGCACACCAGCAAACUCUGGGUCAAAAGGCAGUGAGACACCCAUUGGUGGUCACUCGAAGAAUAAACUAAAAAAGCGGUUCUCUUUGCGCAGCGUGGGCCGCAGCGUCCGAGGGAGCGUGCGAGGCAUCUUGCACUGGCGCAGCUCCUCCAGUGACGCCCCCCAGAACUGCAGCUCGGGUAAUUCUGCCCCCCUUCCUUCCAGUUACAGCUACACUACAGGCCUGCAAGAUGGCAAGAGGAACUCUGGCUCGCAGGGCGUUCCUGCGUCUCUCCCUGUCUCUCUCUCCCUUCCCCUCUCUCUCCCUCACUCGUCGUCCUCUUCAUUGCCCCCAUCAUCCUCCAGUAGCGCCACCUCCCUCUCGCUCUCCGAGGCCCGUGACUGGCGGAGGAGCAACGGCGACGGGGAGAAGGAGAAGUGGAGUCACCGGUUGGAGAAACUGCGACUGUCCCGAUCACCACCACCGACUCUGUCCGCCGCAGCUCCACCUUCCUCAGCCGUGUCACCAUCUGCGCUACCCCCAAGCAGCAUGGGUGCCCCGUGGAAGAUGGGCAGGCUGGUACGGGAGGGAGGUGUGACCGUGUGCUCCUCUUCGGAUGAGUUUGCCAGCACUCAUGGAUUCCCGGGAUUUCCCUUUGGACUGCUGCACCACAGCACGGACAGCACAGCGUCGGGACAUCCCACGGCCAUGGGAGGAACUGCAGGCGGAAGGGGGAUGCGGUGGCACAAGUGUCGUCUAGUUCUGAAAGAACGAGAUAAGGACGGAGGGGAUGGAGGGCUGGAGUAUUUCCUGGAGUUUUACAUCCCACCUAAGUCCUCCAAGCCCAGACUGACUGUCCCAUGCUGCUCUAUUGUUGAUGUGAGGAGCACUACAGCCAUAGAGGUGCCAGACAAAGAGAACACCUUUCUUCUGCAGUUGGAAGGUCAGGUGCAGUACGUGAUCGAGACCAGAGAUGCGGUCCAGAUGAGAGCUUGGCUUAGUGACAUCAGAAACGCCAUUUGUCUGAGUGAGCAAGAGGAUGUUGAGGGAGUGUGCGGCAGUGCUCUCGCCGACCUCAGCAGUACGCCAGAAUUCAACGACCGCCUGUCUCAAGUGUGUUAUGGUGGAGUUGGUGGUUCUCCUCAGCUGGAGCCUCUACCUCCUGAGUUGCCACCCCGUGCCCCUCUUGAUGAAUCAGACAGUCGACUGCUUGGUGGGGGUGGAGGCGGUCUUAGCACACCUUUUGCAGAAACUCCUGAUGCCACAGGAUCGUUCCUGUUCUCUGAAGGCUCUGUUUCAGAGACGGUGGAACAUCCUCUGAGUGAGUGUCAGUGGUUUCACGGGACACUCUCCCGUCUUAAGGCGGCCCAGCUGGUGCUGGCGGGCGGCUUGGCCAACCAUGGAGUGUUCCUUGUGAGGCAAAGUGAGACACGCCGUGGGGAGUAUGUCCUCACCUUCAACUUCCAGGGCAAAGCAAAGCACUUGCGUCUCUCCCUCAACGAGGAUGGACAGUGUCGUGUGCAGCAUCUCUGGUUCCAGUCCAUUUUUGACAUGCUGGAGCAUUUCCGUGUGCACCCCAUUCCCCUGGAGUCUGGGGGUGCCUCUGAUGUCACCCUCAUCAGUUUUGUGGGGGCCACGAAUGUCCGGCAACAAGGCCGGGAAAGGGCAGGCAGCCGCCCCACAGUCUGUGAUGUCAUCACCACGCGCCACCCCGACUCCCCAUCAACCCCCAUCUCUGACUGUGUACUUGACCAGCAGACCCCGUAGUCCUCCUCAGCCACCUCCUCCCCCUCUGCCUCCAGGACGCCCUCCGCCCCCAACCCCGCCGCAGGAACGAGGGAGUGAGCCGGAGGCCGCCGGAGGAGGCGGAGCAAGCAGCGGGGCAGAGGAGUGCGAGGACCGGGAGCGCGAGCCACCUCUCCUCCAGCUGGAAGGGGUGGAGGGCGAGGAGAGAGAAGGAGGCAGAGCCAGAGCCAUCGACAACCAGUACUCCUUCUUCUAAACGGGAAAACAACCAGUCGGGAUAGAGGAGGAAGAGGAGGGCCCUUCACAAUCAGUAUUUUCAGUGUUCUCCAACAGAAGAACUGAGCGACUGCGUUAUUAACACUAUUAAACAUGAGCUUUCACGGUGCGAGAGAGAGAUGGAGAGAAAGAGAGAGAGAGACGCCCAAAAACAUAAGCAUAUAUGAUACUUACGGUACUUUUUAUUUUAUUUUAUUUUGUAUAAAUACUAAGUAACAGUACUACACUAAAUUGUAGGUGCGUUGUUCUAGAUUUGUUCUCCGGUGUUUGUCAGUGUGAAAGUUCCUCUGGUUCUGCUGCUGCAUAGGAAGGUACAGAAGUGUCAGCGCCGUCACUGAGCUGGUGACGUGUUUUAGCAACUUACUUUAUUCAGACGUCUAGUAUUCUUUGAGCCUUCGCACUUAUAUGAAAGGAGUUUCUUUUUCCCCUCAGUUGAGUGGAAAUGUUCACUUGUUCAGAGAUUGUUACCCACCAGCACUCUUUGUUGUUGCUAUUAUUAUUAUUACUGGAGCUUUUUAAGUUGUUUUCUUUAUUUUCUGCCACUGACAAACUGCGAAUGUCACAAAGUCGUACCUUUUUUUUUUUUAUCCUGUUCAUUUCAGUUGUACUGAUUUAGUUAGUUCAGUAGCAGGCAUUGCCUCGGGCUUGACAACGUCCAGUUCUGCCAAAAACAACAAGCCCAAUCCUCUGAAGUCCAGUAGUAUUACUAGCGUAUUAAACAUCUCCACAGACGCCAUCAUUACCUCAGAGUCCCGAUCUGUCGCCCAGCUCCUCUGCUCUCCCUCUCUGUCUUUACAUCCUUCCCUUCCUCUUAGCUUUACAGUAUUUGGGUUUAUUGUUGUGUUUAUUUCAAAGCUAGAGUCCAGAGGAGGGAGAAAGAAUGUCCUUUUGGUUUAAAAGAGAAAUUGUUAUUGAAUGCGAAAAUGUUGAUAACCGAUGAUGAUGAUAAUAAUUAGAAUUUAAUAUUUGUUUAAAUAAUAGCAUUAUUUUUGUUUGGUUCAAAAUGCCUUUAUUUUUGUUGUGUACUAUUUGAACAAAUAAUAUUUGUUCUUCAAAAUCUGUUUUCGGUUCGUAUUUUUUGUGCCUUUUAUAUCUCUUCUAAUCCCACUCGGUCUCCUUCAAACUUUGCUUCGGUUUCCUCAGAUUUCAGGAAAACUUUUGAAAAGGAAAAAAAAGAGCCCCUUUCUUCUUGUGCCUUCUCGUGUCGUUAACUGUCAUUUCCUCUCGUCUUGUGCCAGUCUUUCUUGAUUUUGUGCGGUGUCUGCCAUCCAGUUCAGUGCCUGCAUCUGUAUUUUCCUGCUUUGUUUCUCCAGUUCUGUCUCAGCCUUUUCAGUUGUUCUCUUUUUGAUCCUACAGAUUUGGGUAUGAUUUGUUUUCUCUUCAUUUACCCCAUGCUCCUCCUCCCUUCCUUUGACCCUUUAUUUAUACCUCUUAUUGUGCCUUCUCUCGCUUUCUCUCUUCUCUGUCUGUCAGUCAGUGCUGGGACUGUGUGUUAAGGUGGACAAUGUUGCCCACACUGUGUAAUUAGUUUCAGGUACUACAUUGAAUUAAAUGAUGAUGAUAUAAUAUAAUUAUACGGAAACAA